CCAAAGUCGAAAAGAUUUGGCUGAAGCCCAAUUGUGGAGUUUCUUAACAAAUAAACGGGCUUAGAAAGAGAAGGAUAAUUUCAGAGACCGCCUAAACAAGGCCCCAAAGGAAAAACCCUAGGUUAAAAAAGACUUCAUAUAUAAAGCUUUCCUCUUCCACGGCUGCCAUAAACUUCAGCCUUGGGGCCGCUAAGACUGAACAGAGAAAGGGUAAGUCGGAGAAGAUGGUGUCGCUCAAGCUUCAGAAGCGGCUUUCCGCCAGCGUUCUCAAGUGUGGUCGGGGAAAAGUCUGGCUUGACCCAAAUGAAGUGAACGAAAUCUCCAUGGCCAAUUCUCGCCAGAACAUCAGGAAGCUGGUUAAGGAUGGUUUUAUCAUCAGGAAGCCUACCAAGAUCCACUCAAGGUCCCGGGCUCGCAGAAUGAAGGAGGCCAAGCGAAAGGGCCGGCAUUCUGGUUAUGGUAAACGUAAGGGUACCAGGGAAGCUAGGUUGCCAACAAAAGUACUGUGGAUGAGGAGGAUGAGAGUCCUUAGACGUCUUCUCAGGAAAUACAGAGAAGCAAAGAAGAUUGACAAGCACAUGUAUCAUGACAUGUAUAUGAAGGUCAAAGGUAAUGUCUUCAAGAACAAACGUGUGCUGAUGGAGAGCAUCCACAAAACUAAGGCUGAGAAGGCUAGAGAAAAGACUUUGUCUGAUCAGUUUGAGGCUAAGCGUGCAAAGAACAAGGCUAGCAGGGAAAGAAAGAUUGCCAGGAGAGAGGAACGUUUAGCUCAGGGACCAGGAGAGAAACCAGCUCCAGCGGCAGCAGCAGCAGCUCCAGCCCAAACAGCUCAGGGAUCGAAGAAAUCGAAGAAGUAAAUCAGGGGAUCAAAGAAAUCGAAGAAGUAAAUCAGCGUAUGAUUAGAAGGAAAUAUAUGUUAUUUCUUUGGACCAGCUUCAAGUCUUUACUAGUGUUGCAGUUCACUGUUUUUGACUGGUUACUGUUUUUUAUUUUUCGUCGUGUAAACUUUAGUUUCUUACAAACUGAUGAAAGGAAUUUUGAGAUCUUAUAUCGUUCGGAACCUAGUAUCUAGUUUUGGCUUUUAUCAUCAAUGGUGUUCGUGCUGUUUGUGCCCCUAUAAUGAUUAGUAGGUUGUUAUAGUUUGGUUGAUUUGGUGCUUGUCUUAGUGUAACAAGUGGAAAAUGGAAACAUUACUCGAGGGAUGGAUGUCCUGUGGGGUUGUGUCUUAUUUCAGAUGUUUACUGAGAUGAAUAAAUUGAGCGAACUUAAAGGUGAAGUAGUCAAGCUCAAUGUUUAUAUCGGUCCUCACCCCUAGAGCCCACGGAAAAUAAAUUAGAUGUUAUACGAUUGUUGCACAAUUGUGAAUCAAAGAUGUUAGAAUACUGCAUUUUGCGCGUGAUAGUGCUUGUUUUUUUUGCAAACAUGAUAAUUGAUGGCACAAUAUUCCUGAUGUAGCUUUUUUGAACAGCAAUACAUGAUAAACUGCAUGUUUAUUUCUCGGACAAAGGUUUUUGUUUGUGUGUGUGUGGAUUGCAUUCUACGAUGUACGUUCUUCUUGUAUGACAUGUUAAAUCUGUGUGGAAGGACAAUAGAAAGAUUUCUUAACUAGGUAGAAUUGAAUGACGACUGUCUUUCCGUCUCAAAACUAAAAC